CACAGUUGCCUAAGCAAGCAACGGCGUCUGCUCGCGAAAAGCAAGCUACUCUCCUCUCUCUCUCCACCAGUCUCCACUGCUCAAACACCAUCACCAUGGAAGUCCUCAUCUGCUACCUCCUGGUGCUCCUCAUCUCCUCCUCCACCUGCGCAUCCGCCUCCGAGAGGUGCGUGCGCCAGGGCAAGGCCGCCUACUCGCCCUCGCUCUCCCCCAUCCCUCACGGUGGUGGAGUCUGCGGGUACGGGGCCAUGGCCAUGGAGAUCAAUGGGGGCUUCCUCUCCGCUGGGGGACCGAGGCAGCACAGGGGAGGGCUUGGCUGUGGAAGAUGCUUCCAGAUGAGAUGCAGAGACGCAAAGCUGUGCAGCAGCAGUGGAGUGCGGGUCGUGCUCACCGACUUCCACAAGAGCAACCGCACCGACUUCCUGCUCGGUGGGCCCGCUUUCGUGGGCCUGGCCAAUCCCGGGAUGGCCCACGAGUUGAAGAGGCUAGAUGCUCUCCCCGUAGAGUACAAAAGGAUUCCCUGCGACUACAAAGACAAGAAUCUGUCCAUACUAGUGGAAGAACAGAGCAAAAGGCCAAACAAUUUGGUCGUAAAGUUCCUCUACCAAGGUGGCCAAACUGAUAUCUUGGCAGUGGACGUCGCUCAGGUGGGGUCAUCGGACUGGCGGUUCAUGACACAGGUCCACGGGCCGGUGUGGAGCACUGACCGGGCCUCCGCUGGCCCGCUGCAGUUCCGGGCAGUGGUCACCGGUGGGUAUGACGGCAAGUGGGUGUGGGCCGAGCAGGAGGUCCUCCCGGCCGAUUGGCGGCCGGGCCAGGUCUACGACACCGGUGUCCGGAUCGCUGACGUGGCGAGGGAGGGCUGCCAAGGCUGCGCCACGCUGGACUGGAAGUGAAAGAUGACUUGUGCGCAAUAAGCAAGUUGCCUUGGGUUUCUUCGGUCUGACGUGCAUGGCACUGUGAAGACCGACCUGCUUUAAGUAGGUAGAUAGAUGCAUACUAACAUCAGUGGUCACUCAUGAUCUGAUGGUGAGAGGACAGCAAUGGAGCUUGGAAAAAGAGCACCCGAAUAGCUGUCAAGAAGAAGAAGAUGAUGUGUGUAUGGACGAGGGGAUUCUGAUCCUUGUUGUUCUUUGGUUUUGUUCUCUGGCUAGCUAGUUCCCUUGAUCUCAACCUCUUGCAGUAUGUACAUUGAAUCAUGCGUGAUCUGCAGCAUGUAUGCAAGGGAGAUGUAUCAUUGCAUCAAGAUCCGAUGAGAUGGCUCAGAGGGAUGUAAACAAAUAUGGCUAGCUGCCCCUGCUAAUGGCUGGAAUAAUGAGCAUUGUGGUAGUGGCCAUGUUUUUCCUU